GACUCACGGAAGAGGACAGCAUCUACGUGUUCAAGGGAGAUGAAGUCAUCGAGUAUGACGGCGAGCUUUCUGCGGACACCCUGGUGGAGUUUCUACUUGAUGUCCUAGAGGACCCUGUGGAACUGAUUGAAGGUGAACGCGAGCUGCAGGCAUUCGAGAACAUCGAGGAUGAGAUCAAACUCAUCGGCUACUUCAAGAACAAAGAUUCAGAGCAUUACAAGGCCUUCGAGGAUGCGGCGGAGGAGUUUCACCCCUACAUCCCCUUCUUCGCCACCUUCGACAGCAAGGUGGCAAAGAAGCUAACCCUGAAACUCAAUGAGAUCGAUUUCUACGAGGCCUUCACGGACAAGCCGGUGACCAUCCCGGACAAGCCCAACAGCGAAGAGGAGAUUGUCAGCUUCGUGGAGGAGCACAGGAG